AUGAGUCAUUCUUACUCAUGUUUUAAAGGUGGCUUCAAGGCCGAUUGCCCAAUCCCGGCCUGCCUGAAAGCAACAUUCGCCCGGCGACACAAUGACAGUCUAGUCUGUGGUGCCCGGCAGCGGGGUUCGAACCGCGUCGGGGUGCAGAUGGGACUCGGACGAAGCCCAGCCGGGCGUUGGCAGCCAAUGAGAAUGAGGCUUAACUGCCUCGUCAAUCGCUUUGACGAGACUCGAGUUGCCAACCGAGAGUAA